ACAGGUUAAAUUUCUGAUGCUAUCUGUCUUGUUCCAAAUGAUUUUUAAUAAGAGAAGAGAUUAUUAGUCUAUGUUUGACAUCUUGGACAUGAGGAGAGGAAUGAGAGGAAAUAACACAGCUGUGUGUGCCAGCACUCAGCGGCGGAUCAGGGAACUGCAUCCAAUGAAAGGAGGAGGAGAGAGGAAGUUCUCCAAAACUUUUUUUCUCCCUCAAAGGAUUGUGGAGAAUCUCCGUUAGAUUUUCAGAGGAAGGGGAUCCGAUCAGAAGAAUAAGGAAAACACAAGGGGGGAGAGAGAACGGUGUCCAAAAAAAAGUCCAUCCCUUCUUCUGUUUUUGUCUCCUCACAUGAGAGGAAAAAAGGAGGACGCGUGUGUUUGCCUUUGUCCUGCGUUUUUUUAGUUUCUUCCUUCCAGACUGAGAGGACUUACACCAUCAGAGGCGAUGAGAUGUGAGUGAGCUAUGCCUUGUGGAAAUGGACAGACUUUAUCCAAGCGAAAACAUGGCGUCUGCGUCCCGAGGUUUAGCUUCUUUUCCAGUCUGCUUGUGGCGAUCUGCUGCCUGGAGGCAUGGGGCUCCGGGCCGCAGGGGGACGGCGGCAGGAGUUGCAGCCCCUGUCCCGUUAACUGCAGCUGCGCGCUGGCGGGGCCCCAGCAGUCCUGCGUCGUCAACUGCUCCAACAUCGGGCUGGAGAGGGCCCCAGCAGCGGCAGACAUCCCGCUGGCCACCAACGUGCUAGAUCUUUCCAAGAACCACAUCUCCUCCCUUGAUACCAGCCUGCUAGAUCGUCUCACUGGCCUCCGAGAGCUAUAUCUUCAAGGGAAUAGGAUCAAUGUUCUCCCCAGAGGAGUAUUCUGCUGUGGGCCGCUGUCAAUCCUCGAUUUGAGCAACAAUCAAAUCACCACCAUCGAAGAAAGAACAUGUGACAACCUAUGCAAUUUAACUCAAAUUGACCUGAGCAGUAACCACUUUGAGUGUGACUGUAAGUUGUCCCGGCUGGUCAAUUGGCUCCAGGACAAAGGCGUGCGAAUUCAGCGCCCGGAGGCCAUGCUCUGCGACCACCCUCCUGAGUUCCGCCACCAACCCCUGCUCAACGUCAGCCUGCUCAACUGUGGUCUGAACUAUGCAGCUUGUCUCAAGGACACUACCAGUGGAGGAGUGGGAGGAAGUGAGCUUGUUAUCUUCUCUUCCUCCAAACCCGGAAACUUCACACCUGAAGAGUGUAACAGUGUGUGCUCGGUAUCGCACCGCUAUGGUGGCCUGGGAGUGAUGAACGAGUGUCUCUGCAGUACAAACUCAGAGCCAAACCACAUCAGCAAAUCGCAGUGUACUGCUGCUUGUACAGACCCUGAUGUUAUGAAGAAUUGUGGGUGGACUCUGGCUCACCAUGUGUUUGUGGUGGACUUCUCAGUCUCACUGAAGGCUCUUCCAGUGCAAAGUGUUCACGACCACAUCACUUUCUUUGCUGCCUCCUCUGUCACUCCGGUGACACUGUCCUGGGACUUUGGUGACCUUUCAACUCGGGUCAACACAACGGGAACGGGGGUCACCACAGCGUCUCACAAAUACGGACUUCCCGGACGUUAUGCGGUCAGUCUGAUGGCCUGGGCUGGACACAAGGAGGCCUCUGCACACGGAGAAGUGACUGUGGCACUUCCUCCCAAACUUGAGUUGCGCUGUCCACCUCUUGCUGUGGCCAAUAAGAGCCUAGAGUUCACACUUGUCAGCUGGGGCACAGUUGACGUGGAUGUAGACUGGAAGAUCACAAAGGAUAACGUCGAAUUUGCCAAAGCCUCUCCGUACUGUCCAAAGGAUAGGGUGUACGAUCCCCAGUCGUCACGCUGUUUUCAGAUCGUUCCAGGGGAGUUGAGCUGGACAGACGCUCGACAACAGUGUUCAGACCGCGGUGGGGAUCUGGCAAUAGUCAGGAGUGACACGCUGUGUAACCUGCUGCGACAAAAAGUCACACAGGAGCGAGGUGUGUGGCUGGGCUUGAGUGAUGUUGACUCCCCUGGCAAGCUGCGCUGGGUGAACGGCUCAGGGGCACAUGAGGGAGAGGAGGGCCUGCCGCCUCGUUCCCCAAUCUCCCGUGGAAACUUGUGCGUGUCCCUCGAUCAGCGCGGCCAGACAAGUUCACACCCAUGCAAUGCAAAGCGGGCCUAUGUCUGCCAGUACAGCCCCCAGGUGCAUGUUCCAGAUGCUGGGAUCUACAUAGUGGGCCUUGCAGUGUUUCCCUCCAAUAAUCAUUUCUACCAGGCCCCAUCUGCUCCAAUCGCUACUCCACAACCUCCCAGCAGUGGCAUAGAGCUGCUGUUGUUCCCAGCUCUGAGCUUUGUUCAUCCAGGUCGUCUGUCCUCCCUGGAAUUUGCCACUCAGGACCUCAGCACACAAGUCAACGUCCGAUUCCAGACCUACAGACCUCACUGUCAUUACCCCGGCUUGCACCUGCUGCUACCCAGUUGUGGAGGUCCAGCGUGUUCUCCAGUGGCAGUCUGUGUUCCCAAUGACACCAAGAGCCAUGAUCCACCCUCAUGCCCCAAACUAGAGCAGUGGUGUCCUUUCCAGCAUCGGUGCUUGCCCCUCUCUAGUCCCUGCCAGCCUUCUUCCUGUCCUAACUGCACUCAGGGUCAUCACCUACCCCCUGGAGCGCUCAGGCCCAGAUACACCCUACAGAACGAAGUGGUCUUUACUCUACCAGCAGGACCAGCUGGACACGUGUUGGUACAAGAACAACUGGAAGACCUUCUGGUUUCCCCUGGUGAUGUCAUCGCCUUGCAACACGACGCUGGCCCCGCCUCCCUUCUUCGCUGCCAAUCUUCCACACAGUCACCGUGGAGGCAACCUGUUUUAGCCCUCAACCAAUCGGAGUGGUUCUGGAUCAACAGCACAAGACAGCCAACAGACCACUUGGCCGACCAUGGCGCUGACUAUCUGCUGGAACCAGAGCUCGACAUGAAGGCGUUGGUGGAGGAUGGUGAGGGAAACUGGCUGGAGGAAGUAGUUUGCCCCAUCAGAGUACUCUACGUUGGACACAGUGAGACUCAGCUGAAGGGAGCAAAUCUGACUGCUGGUCUACCCCAGCCUGGACUCUACAGCCUGCUGGUGACUACAGCUGAGCCAUCAUACCCAGCUUCAGCGUCAUGCUUGUUGCGGGUGGUGCCUCCUCUGGGCUUGACGAUCCUCCACCCCUCUCCCCGGAAUGGCACUCUCUACCUGCAGCCCAAUGACACUCGACUUCUGCUCCGUGUCCAGUCUCGAUACGAGACAAAGGCCUCUUGCCGUGGCAGAAAUUGCAGUGUGACCUUCCAGCCUGACUGUCCCCGAGAAUUUUCUUCAAUCCCUGUUCUCUGCCGGCCCGGCCCAAGCUCAGGGUCUGGGGUUGAGGUCACAGAGCCCAGCCUGUACGCAGUACUGGAUCUUAGACUGGGGACAGAGGAGCAGAAGAGCCCAGUGCAGGUGGAGCUGGAGGCUCACAAUAAUGUGACAGAGGCUAGUCUGACUGUGGUCAUCCAGCUGGAAGAGCCGCUCAGAGGACUGGUGGUGCAGCCACACCCUGCGCACAGGGUGUUGAUGGAGUCAGUCGUGAGCUACACAGCAUCAGUGCUUGAGGGCUCCAGUCCCACUUUUAAAUGGACCGUGGAUGACAAGCCCUACUUUACAUAUUAUAACACUGUCCUCAAUGUCAUCUACCAGCAUGCUGCCGUCUACAAACUCACAGUCACAGCCAUGAACCACGUCAGUACCCUCACAGAGCAUUUCAACGUGACUGUGGAUCGGCUGCAGCCCAUGGCCAACCUCACAGUCAAAGGUGUGCCUGAUGUGGUCCCUCAGGGCUCCACUCAGACUCUCACCACCUCCGUGCUCGUUGACAUGUCUGUGGCUGCCACCUUCAGAUGGUCUUUUGGUGACGGUGGAUAUAAGGAGUUUGAAUACAGGCCUCCAUACUCCCCCUCUCUUCUCUGGCCAGAGUCACCUAAUCAGGUCCUUCUAAGCAGCAAUGUCACCUAUAUCUACUCUCAACCAGGAAUAUAUACAGCGGUGGUGUCCGUGUCCAAUCGCUAUGAGAACAUCAGUCAGAGUAUCAACAUGAGCGUCUACAGCAUCCUCACCCGUGUUGAUAUACAAACUGAGCCUCGACUCCUCCUCACCAGAAAAUCAGCUGAUUUUGAGGCUCACCCUCUGCCCUCCCCCUACGGCAUUCACUAUGACUGGCACUUCGGGGACAGUUCUGCCCCGAUGCAAGGUCGCCGCGUGGCACACACCUAUGCACAGAGUGGCCUCUUUAAUGUCUGUGUAUCGGUAAAUAACACCAUCAGCUCUACAGAGGUCUGUGCCCAGAUGUUUGUAUAUGAAGAGAUAGAAGAUUUAACGGCCGAAAGCUCCUCUCCUACAGAGCUUCAUAGUCCUACUACAGUAUGGGCACACCUUGCAUCAGGUAAUAACAUCACAUGGACGUUCUCCAUGGGCGAUGGGACUGUCCUAACAAGUUCUGAAUCUCAUGUGUCACACAACUAUAUCAAAGAUGGCAACUACACGGUGAAUGUGACUGCCGCAAAUGCUGUGAGUUCUGGCUGGACAAUCCUGCCAGUGCAGGUGUUUGUCUUCCAGGUUGUGAGGCUGGAGCCGUCUGGGUGUGUCCAAGAGCGAACACUUGUGAACUUUCAGGCCUGGGUCUCCGGUAAUGCAUCCGCUCAUCUUUAUGAAUGGAGCUUCGGGGAUGGAAGCCCCAAUGAGACACGCCACGGUAUCUCCAGCAUCUCACACACCUACUUGACGAGUGGGAAUUACCAUCUCUCCCUGCUUCUUUCCAGUGGGGUAAACAAGGCCACUAAGGCCAACUUUUUCAACUGGGUGUGUGUGCAGCCUGCUCUAACCAACAUCAGCCUUACCCUUGAGAAAUCACACUACGCGGUUGGGGAGGACAUCCAGUUCCAGGCCAGAGCUGAGCCAGAAUUUAACUACAGCUAUCAGUGGGACUUCGGUAGAGGGGAAGACCUUUUGCUCAUCCGUGGUUCUGGAAAUAUCUUUACAACAUAUAAAAACCCGGGUCAUUACAUGGUGACAGUCAUUGUCUUCAAUAACAUCUCCACCACUAACACCAGUGUUGUGAUUGAGGUUUUGAUGCCCAUAGGACCAAUCAUUAUUCAACAUAAUGGCACUAAGUACAAUAACCUGACCCUAAGAGCACCAUACGCUUUCACAACAUCUUCCUUGGCUUCCAAUGUCACUUACUUCUGGAACUUUGGAGAUGGAAAUUUGCUUAGAGGCCAGAAUAUCUUCCACACCUACAACAUCUCUGGAAACUACAAUAUCACACUGACCGCAGCCAACACAGUUAGCACGAAUCACACCACUCUACCUGUUGCUGUGCUUGCACCUAUCUCUGGGUUGACCGUCAAUGCCAGCUUGGUAAACGUCCCUCUCAAUGCCUCAGUCCACUUUGAGGCCCAAAUGGAUGAGGUAGAUGGUGUCCGUUUCUCUUGGAUCUUGUGCGACCGCUGCACCCCAAUCAUAGGCACCCACACCAUGUUUUACACCUUCCGCUCUGUUGGCGUCUUUAAUAUCAUUGUGACAGCUGAGAACGACGUAGGAACUGCACAAGCGAGUAUCUUCCUGUUUGUCCAACGUGAGCUGGAGGGGCUGCAGAUUUUAGCAGAGGAGGAGAUCGGAGGGGGCACAGCAUUGGGUGUUUGCUGUUUUGCUACAAACCGUGUUCUCCACCUUCAAGCAGGAUUAAAGGAAGGAACCAACAUGACGUUCACUUGGAACUUCAUCAAAGAGCUAGACCCCAUCAGGCCAAGCUUCAACAUAAGCGCUAAGACAGUGGAGGUGAACUACUCCAUACCAGGCCCAUGUGACAUCUUUCUCCAGGCAGCCAACCUCCUGGGCCAGCUACAUGUCAACAGAACCAUCUACUUUCUGGAACCAGUCAGGGAGGUGUACCUGCAGAUCAGCAACAACCCAGUUGCAGUCGAUGUCCAAACUAACCUGACAGUGUUGAGUACUGAAGGCUCAGACCUGCAGUACCGGUGGUCUGUAAAUGGGGUCAUUCUGCCGGGUUGGAACAAACCCUGGAAGGCCCACGCAUUCAUCAGUCCUGGCCUAAAGCUAAUUACUGUUGAGGUCUUCAAUGAAGUUAGCUCAGAGAUUGUGUCCGAGAUUGUCAGAGUCCAGGAAGUCAUUUCGGAGCUACGGUUCACAGCUACCAAUGUGACAGAGCAGGGUUAUGUAGCAACAGGCGUCAACGUCUGGCUCCAGGGUGAGGUACUGACAGGAACCAAUGUGACGUGGACAUGGAUCAUGGAAGGAAGAACAGAAACUGGAAGGAAAACGUCUCUGAUUUUCCAGGAGCCAAAAAGAGCCAUCAUUACUCUGAAUGCCACUAAUGAUAUCAGCGGGCAAGUGGUUUCCAGAGAGUUCUUUGUUCAGGAAAAAAUUCAGGGGCUUGAGCUGAAGGCAAGUAAGACGAUUGUAGCAGUCGGUGAGCCAGUGGUGUUCACCAUUUUGAUGGCAGCAGGCUCGGACGUUCGUCUCAUCCUCAGCAUCAGCGGAGACGCAACUGUUAUCCCUCAACCCAACGAAACUUACAUCCACACGUUCGGCAGGGUGGAUGCAUACAUGGUGAAUCUCACUGCUCACAACCAGGUUAGCUCCAAGAGGCGACACCUUCAUGUUGAGGUGAUGGAGCCGGUGAGUGAACUUUCAAUCCAGGGAAGCUCAGAAGCAGUCCCUGUAGGUGUGACGAGAUUGUUUGUGGCCAACAUCCGGACGGGCAAACCUGUUCGUUUCCUGUGGACUUUUGAUCUGUCCCACCACCACCUGACAACACAUAUGGCCAAAGAGGUGUUGUACACGCCAGAAGAAGCAGGUUUAUUGACCAUCUACCUGAAGGCCUUCAACGUUCUGCACUCUCAGAACAUCACCAAGCAGAUCCGGGUGCAGAACUUGCUGAAGAGUGCUGUUCUGUAUGCAGCACCUCAGGACACUUUCAUCAAUAAGAUGGUGAUCCUGAAGGCCUAUGUCACGCCCAGAUCUAAUGAUGUGGAGUGCUUGUGGGACUUUGAUGAUGGUUCUGCUCCAGUUCACACCGACACCACAACUGUGGGUUACGAGUACAGGCUCCCAGGACACUACCGGGUCAAUGUGAACUGCAGUAACCUGGUGAGCUGGGUGUUAGCCGAAGUGGACGUAAACAUCAGCAUAUUAGAAUGUGAGGAGCCAGAAGUGCAGGUGGUUCAAGCCCCCCGCCUGGCCAUCUGGCGCUCCCAGCCCACUUUGGUGGAGGCCAGUGUCGACCUGAAAGGCUGCCUGCGCUACGGAGCUCAGUACCACUGGCAGAUACUCUCGACACCCUCUUGUGAUAAUGACAAUGACCACCAUAUUCCCUCCGGGGUGAUGACUCAGCCCUCUCAGUCCGUGCUUGUCCCUGUAAUUCGCCUGCCAGUAGAGGUGGAUGUGCAGCGGCUGCAGCUGUCACUGCCUAAGAUGGUUCUGGCAGCAGGGAACUACACAUUGGUGUUUUCUCUGUCAUAUGAAGAUGUGCCGCUAAGGAAAGCUGCCUGUCUUCAACUUAGUGUCAUGGCUGCCAGGCUGAUGCCCAUCAUAGAAGGAGGCACAUACAGGGUGUGGUCCAGGACACAGGACCUACAGCUCAGUGCAGAACAGUCCUAUGACCCCAACAUGGACCCAGAAAACCAGUCACUGCUCCACUACCACUGGAACUGUCAGAGCACUUCAAAGGGUGUAGAGCACUGCUCCACUCUGAACUUUGGCUUGGGCUCCAGCGGUCCAGUGCUUGGAAUCUCCGGCUCCGAGCUAGAGGCAGGCGUCGAAUACACUUUCAAACUGACCAUCAGCAAAGACGGCAUGGCACCAGAGUCCACCACACAGACCGUCCUAGUCCAGAGUGGCCAUAUACCCAUGGUAUAUCUGGAGUGUGUGUCCUGUAAGGCCCAGUCCAUCUACGAGGUCAGCCAGAACUCGUAUGUCUACCUCAGAGGAACGUGCACCAACUGCCAGGGCUUGCAUCGAGGGCGCUGGACUGCCAUGACGCUGCAGAACGAGACUCUGGUCCUGGACUCCUCUUCCACCACCACAGGAAGUGACGGUAUGAAUCUGGUGCUGCGGCAGGGCGUCCUGCGCCACAAAGACUCCUACAACUUCACCCUGCAUGUUACAGACGUCAGUCUGGACGGCGAGGGCGCCGCCUCCAUCACUCUGCACCACAAUACGCCCCCAGCUGGCGGGGAGUGUCACCUGACAGCCGGUGGAGAGGCGGGAGUGGAGUACGGGGACGGUGACGGUAGAAGUCGGAGGAUACGCACACUGCUGGACCGGGUGCACUUUAACUGCUCAGGUUACAGUGACCUAGGGGUCUCAGAGACUCCUUUGCUCUACAGUUUGCUGGUAACACGCUGCAGAGAAGACUACUGUGAAGACUUCUGUGUGUACAAGGGCAGCAGCCCGGAGCACUCUGCCUUCUUGCCCCCAGGUUUCGGGUCAGCCCGUCAUCGUGUAUCCGUAACCAUCACAGUGGAGGACCACCAGGGAGCUGCCAUCACUGCCCUCAACGAGUCCAUCGAAGUUGUGAUGCCAGAGCAGCCCCUGGAGUACAGCAGCCUCCCCCAUUGGCUAUCUGAGCUGACAGACAGCAAACUCAAAAAGUUGUUGGAGCAGGGAGACUCCCAGAGGGUCCGAGAGUUAUCAUUGGCUCUUAUUACAGUCCUAAAUGAGUAUGAGCAGACCAGGGAGACGGUGAGGGUGUCCCGAGAUGAGCGCGCUUACCGAGUCAGAGUCCGCAGCAACAUCACCAGAGCUCUGACCGCUCUAGACCUGACGACUGUGAACGACAUCCAGCAGACCUCUGCUGCUUUGGCUCAGUGCACGGCGGUGAGUCGAGAGUUCAUCUGUGAGGAGUGUCAGAACAGCACCCUGAACAAGCUGGAGUCCAUGCUCGAGAUACUGCAAAGUGACACCAAACAGGGCACCGUCACUCCCACUCUGAUAGCUGACAACAUCCUGAACAUCAUGGGUGAUCUGAUCCAUCAGGUCAGCCAGUCAGCAUCCCAGUCUUACUUCCAGCCGGCCUACGUGGAUUCUCCCUCAACUCCGUCCACCAACUCGUUUAACUCCACUGGUGAGGAGCAAGGAGGCACCCUGUUAGACCCCUCUCCCACCUCGCUGGAACCACACCCUCUGCGAGUGGCGGCCAAGGCUUACAGCCUGUCUUCGGUCCUCAUGCUGAUCCUCAUGCAUGCCCGCGUCCUCAACGAGGAGCCGCUUGUGCUGAGGGGAGCCGAGAUCGCCGCCACAGGAAAACUGGCAGACCCCCAGAGCCUGCUCUGUUACCAUGACAACAACAGUUCAGACUGCCAGCGUUUCUCCAUCCCCCGAGCUUUCAACAACAGUCUUGGCAGAGCUGCUGCAGGAAACAGCAUCAUGCAGCUAAUGUUUCAGGUGGAGUCAAACCCCUUCCCCUUCAACUACGUGCAGAACUACAAUGUUUCUACCGAGGUGGCGUCCAUGGAGUUCCGCACUGAAAAUGGCACCCAGAUUCCCAUCUCCGGACUGGAUGACAGUCUCGCCAUCACGGUUGCCAUUAACAACGGAAGUAGUGGAGCAGAAGCAGGUCUUGAGGGUUCUGGUACUGGAGGGGUCCCCACAGCUGGAACUGUGAACAUCAGCUACUGUGACUCCGUCUUCGUGAGGGUCAGCACGGGUAACACCAACCGACAGGCGGGCGUGUUUGUGCAGCUCAACUUCACCUCUCUCCGCGAUGACGAAGAGAAAGAGGAGAGAGAGGAGGAUGUGGAGGAGCCAUACAUCACCGCCUACCUUGAUUCACAUGAACAACCCAAUGAGUUCAACUGCACAGACAGCAAACGUAUCACACUCAGUAUGACCAGGGGGCAAGAUCUUGACCACAAGAAAUACACCUUCUUCCUUUCUCCAGAGUUGUACGACACAACUCUUGACUACUUUAUCAACGUGAGCACGGCCUGCAGCCCCAGCUCUCGUCAUGUGGGUGUUCGUCUGGAGGUCGGGGUGUUUGCCUUACUAUGUCAGUACUUCAGCGAGAGUGAGAAGCAGUGGCGGACAGAUGGCAUGGUGCCCCUGGCAGAAACCAACGCGAGCAGAGCCGUUUGUCGCACCAGACAUCUCACGGCCUUCGCUGCAGGCCUGUUUGUACCGUCCGAUGCCAUCAGCUUUAAAGUCCCGGAGCGUACUGGUGCACCAAGCUUGGUUGUCCUGUUGGUCUGCGUGUUGGGUUUACUGAGCUAUGUCGUGGCAGCAGCCAUCUUGCACAAGUUGGACCAGCUGGAUUUACGUCGGGCCGGUGUGGUUCCACUCUGCGGCCAUGACGGACUCUUUAAGUAUGAGAUCCAGGUCAAGACUGGCUGGAGCCGAGGGGCAGGCACCACGGCUCAUGUGGGAAUCAGUUUAUAUGGGCGUGAGAGCCGCAGCGGGCACCGGCAUCUUGACAGCAGAGGAGCUUUCACGCGCAACGCUCUUGACAUCUUUCAUAUUGCCACGGAUACCAGCCUUGGCAGUGUCUGGAAAAUCCGAGUUUGGCAUGACAACAAGGGUCUGUCUCCAGCAUGGAUGCUACAGUAUGUCUUGGUCAAAGACUUGCAGACAGGAAGCAGCUACUACUUCCUGGCUGAGGAGUGGCUGUCAGUCGACAAUGAGAGAACUGAUGGACGGGUAGAGAUUGAGGUGGAGGCCACAGAGGAGGCUGUGCUUCGACAGCUGCCCCGCCUCCUGCGGUGUGAGCUACAAAGAUCGCUGUGCGAGAGUCACCUGUGGCUGUCUCUGUGGGAGAGACCCCACCGCAGCCCUUUCACCCGCCUGCAGAGAGCCACAUGUUGCGCUGUGUUGCUGCAGUUCUUUCUAUUGGCCAACACUCUGUGGUACAGCAUUGUGGUGGACAACAGAUACAGCCCGCGGGCCGUUUCGAGGUACGCCUCAUUAAAUGGCGAGACGGUGGCGGCAGGUGUGGUGACCUGUCUGAUCGUUUACCCUCUCUACCUGCUCGUCUUCACGCUGUUCAGAAUGAGCCGCAGCAAGUGUGUGUCUGUGGAGCAGGUGCCACCACAAGGGACAGACCAGGAGUCGGUGGAAAUUGAUGACUUCCUGGAUAACUCAAUGGCUGGAAGUUCCUUCCUCUUUUUUAAUGGCGAGACUAACUCAGAAGAAACCAAUGUGGAUUUGCCUACGCCAUCAACCAAAAGCAUGGAGAGUUGGGGCAUGGCAGAGGAGGAGAUGGAGGACAGGGAUUGGCCGGACCUGUUGAGUGAUGUGUCCGUAGUUGGAGGGGCUGGGCAUGGUGCAGGGUUGCCCAGGCUGAAGAGGGGUCAGGGCAGCAGGCACCUGGGUGUCGACAUGACCUUUAACCCUGAUGAUGAGGAGGGCACUGAUCAACGCAACAAGCAUUUCACUUCCUCAGACGAGGAUCUGAUCAAACACAUCCUGACAGAUGGACAGAACUUCUUCCCUCAGGCAGAUGAAAGUGAGAUGGCUGACCUGUCAAGCAUUUUCGGAGAUAAGACUGAAGUGAUUCUUCUCCAGAAGCUGAAUGAGCCUCUUCCUCUUGAAUCUGUGAGAAGAGACCCACCAAAAACAGCUUUCACAUCAAAUACAGUUGUCACAGACGUGUGUCGUCCCAGACGGUUUCCUCCCUGGUGUGGACGUGCCGCCCUGUGGGGCAGCUGGGCGGGGAUCGCUCUGGCCAGCAGUGUUUCCAUUUGGGCGGGCCACGGGUUGAGUCAAAAUGUGGCCAUGAUGUGGCUCAUCUCCUGUUUCGCCAGUUUCUUGUGCUCCUGCCUGCUGUUGGAGCCAAUUAAGGUGUUUUGUGAGGCAGUUUAUUACGUAGUAUGUGUGCAACGUCUGCGUCCGGAGGACCAGGAUGUACUGGUGGAGUUCCCCCGGGUGGAGAGAGUGGUCCAACGGGUCCCCAGGGUGAGACCGCCACAAGGCUUCGCUCUGUCCCAGGCUCGACACCAAGCCCGCAAGGUCCACAUGCUGCACACCAUGUUGAAGAACUUCCUGGUUUACAUGUUUUUCCUGUUGGUGGUCUUGCUUCUCAACUACUCUGACUCGGCCAAAGACACACACGGCCUGAGACUGCGCACUCAGCUGCAACAAGCACUACACACACCUGAUUACCACAACAUCAGCAGCCGAGAUGAUAUCCUGGUGUGGCUGAAUGAGUCCCUGUUGCCACGGCUACUGGAUGACUCUGCCCUCUUGAGAGACACAGGAAGUGUGUUACUCGGCACAUUGAGGCUCCGUCAAAUCCAUGACACACCAGGUGAUUCCAGGACAGGAGACAGUAUCUGGGGAAAGGGUUGGGUUACAUCUCCAGUUAAAGGUGCCGAGAACUUCACUGCUUUCAGGGCUCGCGACACAAACUGGGUGUGGCGUUUAGGUCAGGUGGGGGUGAAUAACAGCAGAGAUGUUGUGCACCAGCUGAACAGAAGCCUGGUGGAGGCGUCUUCCUCCCUACAGCAGCUGCAGCAGCUGCACUGGCUCGACUACAGAACCCGUGCUGUGUUUGUGGAGUUCUCGCUCUACAACAUCAACACAAACCUCCUGGCGGUCUUCUCCUUCCUGUUUGAGUUUCCAGUUUCUGAGCGUGCCCAGUCCAGCUUUGAGCUCCUUGUCAUAAGUCUAUGGCCAAUCACAGGCCUGGACCUGCAGCUCCUUCUCAUGAUUGUUCUCCUCGCCCUGGUGUUGUAUUUCCUGGUGCGGGGGAUCUUGGGUUUCAUCAGAGAAGGUUAUGUGUACUUGUUGUCGGCCUGGAGGCUCCUGGGCAUCUGCAAACUGGCUCUGGCGGCGUCUGUGUGUGGGCUGCACCUGAGCCGCUGCACCAUGGCCACGCAGCAGUGGGCGUCGCACCUGAAGCACCCGCGGGACACUUUCACAGACUUCUACCCUCUGGCCAGACAAAGUCAGAUGUACACAGUCAUGUCCGCCUUGCUGCUGUUCAUACUGGUGCUCAAGGCAUCCCACCAGUUGCGGUUCCUCCGAGAGUGGGCUGUGUUUGGCAGAGCUCUGCGGCGCUCAGUCUGGGAGCUGCUGGGAGUCUCCCUGGCCUUACUGCUGUUGGUGCUGGCUUACUCACACACAGGACACCUGCUCUUCCACUCUGUACUGGACGGCUACGGCAGUGUGAGCUCUGCUUGUCUGUCUUUGUUGGGUGCCGGUGGACGUGGUCUGCUAUCAUGGCGUCCUAGCUGGACCACCACGGGUCCCUCUAGCACCAUCUCCUCGCUGGUGUUUCACGCAAGCUUCGCGAUACUUCGGCUGGUGUUGCUGUGGCUGGUUACUUCUGUGUUACUGAGAAAUUACCGGCGCGCACGGGCAGAGCUGUACCGUCCUGCUGUGGAUCUCCAAGACUACGAGAUGGUUGAGCUGUUCCUCAGACGACUCAAAAUGUGGAUGGGACUCAGCAGGGCCAAGGAGUUUCGUCAUAAGGUGCGUUUCGAGGGUAUGGAGCUCCCACCGUCUCGUUCAUCCUCCACCAGCGACUGUAAGUCCCUGUGCUUGCCACCGCUGGACGGUCCCGACUCGCCUCCCACCCCAGACAGUGUAGAUGCAGGCUCUGAGGCCUCGUGGCGACCAGCCUCCUCCAGCCCUUGCAGCCUGACAGAAGCCCCGGGGAUCGGCCUGGGACUCGGGCUGGGCCUGGGUUUGGGGCUUGGUCCGGGAGUGGUGAUGGGUAGUACCAGCUGGAGGGAGAGAGCAGAGACUGAAGCCUCUCUGAGGAGGCUCCUCCCCACCCUUGACGCCCUGCUGCAACAGCUUGACCGUGUCACCAUGGCAACAGAGGAUCUGUACCACAUUGAGUGCAGACUGGAGCGAGCCCAGAGGAAAAGGAGGCGUAGAGGGAGAGAGAGAGGAGGUGGUGGGCAGGGAGGGAGGAGUGAGGGAGGACAGAGAGCAAAGGGGGAGGACAAGGACUCUGCCGCAUGGAGAGAACGAAAGAGUGGCAAAGAAAAACACAAAGGGAGCAAAAAGGGGAAAAAGACGGAUAGAAGUGAACCUCCAAAGGAUUCUGGAAACACUGUUGCCAACCCCAGAAAGACUCUAGCAGCUACACCUGUUCCUUUUUUAAAGCCCAGACCAACUUCUGCCACUACACACACACCUGCUCCUCAAUCAUCAGCCAAACCUUCAGUCAGCGCACCUCCACCUACACCAGUCACAGAUAAAUCUGCCCCUGACUCAUCCUCUCUCCCUGUCUCAUCAGUAAACACUCCAUCUUCCCACAUCCCACUGCCCAAAACACCCACUGCACCUCCAUGUACCCCUGCACUUACCCCUUCCUUGCCAUCUACCCCUGCCACUACACCCAUUAGCCGGGACUGGGACCCACCAACAGAGAGAGAGACCCUCACUUCCUCCAGCUUGUUCAACCACCCAGCUCACACUACCACCAUUCCUACACGCAAGCGAAAACGCAAACCCCCACCCCUCAAGAACAAGGUGCAUCCCAACCUAGACAGGCACGGCCCUGGACACCCCAAAUCCUGAAGGACUCUGGAAAGAUGGACAAACACAAGUGAAAGUUGGAGAAAAAGAAUGCGAGAGUAAAUGUUGGGUUAAGGACGAGAGGAGGACGGGGCCAGCUGGUUUUGUCCCCAGGUGCCCCUCUCUAAACCCAGGGAAAGAAGAGAAAACAAUAGAUGGGAAAGUAAGAGAAACAAGCACAGGAAGGAAACAAGAAGAAUCACAGAGACGGUCAGUUUGGGGUUUUGAAAGAUGAACAGAAAGCAAUAAAAUGAGACUUUGCAGGUUUAUAAGCAGUGAUCCGUCCAAAGCCCUGUUCAGUUCUCUCAAGAAACAAGGUGCAGGCCACCAGAUGCUAACUGAGCUGGUUUAGUCAACAUUGAAAAUAUUGAAUAACAUUGAAAUACUCCUAUUCUUUAUUUCCCCCCAGACUAAAACUGAUCCCCGAUCCCGCGUGACCCUGGAGGUCACGUGGGGGUCACUGACAAGAGCACAUGAACGUGCUCACCUGAGGACUUAACCAACUGAAAGCAGACAAUGCAAUCAGUCUUUUUGUGUAUCUCAGAAAAAUUGUGUCCAUUUCUCAGUUAUUGUUGUCUGUCUACAUAUUUUUAUAUUUUAUAUUUUGGUCACCAUGGGUACUGUUUGUGGCCGGUCUGAAAAUAAUCUUUUUUUUUUUCUUUUCUUUUUUUUAAUGGAUCCACAGAUAUACGCACACGCAGGUACACACAUGCAUAGAAAUAACACUGUAGGUACAGACACGCUAAUGUGCCGCACACUUCAGCCCACUGAGGUACAACAAAAACAAACAAAAUCAAGCAUACACGCAUACACACACACACACACACACACACACACACACACACACAUGAGGUUGUUGGGAUCCCAGCAGCCUGUUCUUCAGGGUGCAGAUAUACAAAGUCUAGUAUGGAGAAAUUAAAACGAUACAAGGAGCGACAUGGAAGAGGCGCAGCAAGUGGUAGUAGCACAGAACCAAGUAGGGGUGUUAGCAUGAAGAGUGAAAGACAAAGAAGGAUGAAGAUGGUGCUCAGUGGAGAAGUUUGGUUGUAGAGUAAGGAUUUGGCUUUUGCUUAUUCAGGAUCAAACAGUCACAUGUUCUCCCAUCAUAAAGCUAUAAUGACUCCCCAGUCUGAUUUUCAAAAUGUAUUUUUUAAUGUGUUGUGUUCAAUAUGGUUGUGAUUUAAAAGCACUUUUUUGUUCUGAUUGUUGCAGAUUGUUUCUUGGUGAGGUGUGGUGUAAAAUAAUAAGCUUGGUGUCCAAACCAAUAGAGAAAGCUUCACUCAUACUGUAUCUUAACUAUAAACGUUGCCAAAGCUUUUGCAUCAUUUAUGCAUUCCAAGUUUUCUUUUGUUUUUUUUUUACCAUGUCAAGUAAUUAAUUCAUUAAUUUUGUACUUAGCACUUUAUUUCCUAACGGAGCUGAUAUCCAAUGCCAUAUUUAACACUCAUGUGUCAAGUUUUCAUUUCAUAUCUUAAAAGUUACAUUAUAGAAGCAUCCUAAUAAGUAUUAUCAAGGUGUUGAAGCCAUAGUUAGUAGUUGUGUUGUUGUUAUUUUAUGUCUUAUUUUGAUCAACUUACGUACUUCCUGUGUCCAGUGGGCAGAUCUCAGGGAACCCACCUUUUUUUUCCCCAAAACCUAGAAAAACAACCAGAAAAACCAAAACUAGGGGGCAAAGUAGGUGCUUUUAAUAAUCUAAGGAAAUUUUAUUAUUUUGUGGUUAAAUCAUUCCACUGACUUUCAGCCUGUUUUAGACCUCAGUUUCGUUCUCACAGCCAAAAACUCGUGUCGGUGAUGAGUUUUUAAAAAGGAUAUGAAAAAGGGCUGAUGUUUCAGAGGUACUUUCGGGCAUACCAAAGAAGCCCCUUUUUCCUCUCUCUUCCACUCAAACUCCACCAUUACACAACAAAAAAAGGUCCCACUUCAUCUGUGUGUGUAUGUUUCUGUAUAUAUUGGUGCUUUGUGGUGUAUAUAUUUUUGCUUUUCACGAUCAGUAUUGUUUGUUUGCUUCAGUGACAUAAGUAUAGGUCAAGCACUGGUGUUGCAAACCCCCCCUUACACACAGUUUGUUUUUUUACAUUUCUCCAGUCUAACUGAAGCACUACAGCCAAAGCUAUCAAUCUAUUUAAUACAAAUCUCUGUUCACAAUAUGCCACUUACAAACCACAGGAGGUUCAGCAGUCAACAGUUAACACCUCCACUGGCCUUCAUAUCUCUGCUCUGUGUAUAGUGUUAACAAGGUAGUGCCAAAGCCUUCUUGUCCUCUAGCUGUCUCAUUUGUGUGGUCGAUGCAUUUUGGUUUUACAAGUUUGUCUUUGAAACAUUUGUCUACGCUCUUCUUUGUAUCUCAUCUGUAUUUUGCAGUGUAGCACGUCUCCUGCUUUUGCACUUGACAAAGUCAAAUAAAGAGUUUGACAGCUGAA